AUGAUGAUGUGCGCAGCGACUGCCUCCCCCGCCGCCGCCUCCUCGGGGCCCGGCGGGGACGGAUUCUUUCCAGCCGUCACCAUCUCUUCCUCCCCGGCGCCGGGGGCGCUCUUCAUGCCAGUUCCCGAGGGCUCCGUGGCCACCGCGGGGCUGGGGCUGCCCACUGCGGACUCCCGGGGUCACUACCAGCUGGUGCUGUCCGGCCGGGCCCUGGCCGACCGCUACCGGAGGAUUUACACAGCUGCGCUCAGUGACAGGGACCAGGGAGGGAGCAGCGCUGGACACCCGGCCUCCAGGAAUAAGAAAAUUUUAAAUAAGAAGAAGUUGAAAAGAAAACAGAAGAGCAAAUCAAAAAUAAAGACAAGAAGCAAGUCUGAAAACUUGGAGAAUACAGUAAUCAUACCAGAUAUCAAACUACAUAGCAAUCCAUCUGCUUUCAAUAUAUACUGCAAUGUACGCCAUUGUGUUCUGGAAUGGCAGAAAAAGGAAACAUCAUUGGCAGCUGCAUCAAAGAAUUCAGUGCAGAGUGGAGAGUCAGAUAGUGACGAAGAGGAGGAAUCCAAAGAACCCCCUAUCAAACUUCCAAAGAUUAUUGAGGUUGGACUUUGUGAAGUGUUUGAAUUGAUCAAGGAGACACGGUUUUCUCAUCAGUCCCUCUGUCUCAGGAGCCUCCAAGCCCUGCUGAAUGUACUUCAGGGUCAGCAGCCAGAAGGUCUGCAGUCAGAACCUCCCGAAGUCCUAGAGUCUCUCUUCCAACUCCUUUUGGAAAUCACUGUUCGAAGUACUGGCAUGAAUGACAGCACAGGACAGUCCCUGACAGCACUUUCCUGUGCUUGCCUCUUUAGUCUGGUGGCUUCUUGGGGAGAAACAGGAAGAACACUUCAGGCCAUCUCUGCUAUCCUCACAAACAAUGGCAGCCAUGCUUGCCAAACUAUUCAGGUGCCAACAAUACUGAAUUCUCUCCAGAGAAGUGUACAAGCAGUUUUGGUGGGAAAAAUUCAAAUUCAGGACUGGUUUAGCAAUGGCAUUAAGAAAGCAGCUUUGAUGCACAAGUGGCCAUUAAAAGAAAUAUCUGUUGAUGAAGAUGAUCAAUGCCUGCUUCAAAAUGAUGGAUUUUUUCUUUAUCUCUUAUGCAAAGAUGGCUUAUACAAAAUAGGCUCUGGAUACAGUGGAACAGUUAGGGGCCAUAUAUACAAUUCUACAUCCCGCAUCAGAAACAGAAAAGAAAAAAAGUCUUGGUUAGGGUAUGCUCAGGGUUAUUUAUUGUAUAGAGAUGUGAGUAACCACAGCAUGACAGCCAUAAGAAUAAGCCCUGAAACAUUGGAACAGGACGGUACUGUGGUGUUACCAGAUUGUCACACUGAAGGUCAAAAUAUUUUAUUCACUGAUGGAGAAUAUAUUAAUCAGAUAGCUGCCUCAAGAGAUGAUGGUUUUGUUGUCAGAAUAUUUGCCACAAGCACUGAACCUGUGUUACAACAAGAAUUACAGCUUAAACUGGCCAGAAAAUGCUUACAUGCCUGUGGUAUCUCACUAUUUGAUCUGGAGAAAGACUUGCAUAUUAUAAGCACAGGAUUUGAUGAAGAGUCAGCAGUUCUUGGCGCAGGACGGGAGUUUGCAUUAAUGAAAACAGCAAAUGGAAAGAUCUAUUACACUGGCAAAUAUCAGAGUCUUGGAAUCAAACAAGGUGGUCCUUCAGCAGGAAAAUGGGUUGAGCUACCUAUUACAAAGUCUCCAAAGAUUGUUCACUUCUCGGUUGGACACGACGGCUCUCAUGCCCUUCUAGUUGCAGAAGACGGAAGCAUUUUUUUUACUGGAUCUGCAAGUAAAGGAGAAGAUGGAGAAUCAACUAAGAGCAGAAGGCAAUCAAAACCCUAUAAGCCUAAAAAGAUAAUUAAGAUGGAAGGAAAGAUUGUGGUUUAUACUGCCUGCAAUAAUGGGAGUAGUUCUGUUAUUUCUAAAGAUGGAGAGCUAUACAUGUUUGGAAAAGAUGCCAUUUACUCAGAUAGCUCAAGUUUGGUAACUGAUUUGAAGGGCCAUUUUGUAACUCAGGUAGCUAUGGGCAAAGCGCAUACUUGUGUUUUAAUGAAGAAUGGAGAAGUAUGGACAUUUGGUGUAAAUAAUAAAGGACAAUGUGGACGAGACACUGGUGCCAUGAACCAAGGAGGGAAAGGGUUUGGAGUUGAAAAUAUGGCAACAGCAAUGGAUGAAGAUUUGGAAGAAGAACUGGAUGAAAAAGAUGAGAAGUCCAUGAUGUGCCCACCAGGGAUGCAUAAGUGGAAACUCGAGCAAUGCAUGGUGUGCACUGUCUGUGGGGACUGCACUGGCUAUGGGGCCAGCUGUGUCAGCAGUGGGCGUCCAGACAGGGUCCCUGGAGGGAUCUGUGGUUGUGGGUCAGGGGAAUCUGGCUGUGCUGUGUGUGGAUGUUGCAAAGCUUGUGCAAGAGAGUUAGAUGGUCAAGAGGCAAGACAAAGAGGAAUCCUCGAUGCAGUGAAAGAGAUGAUACCUUUAGAUCUUCUUUUAGCUGUCCCAGUCCCUGGUGUUAACAUUGAAGAACACCUUCAGUUGCGACAAGAAGAAAAACGACAGCGGGUAAUCAGGAGACACAGAUUAGAGGAAGGCAGAGAUGGAAGUGGAGAAAGAGGAGAAAAAGAUGCAAGUAAAAUUACCACGUACCCUCCAGGCUCUGUGCGAUUUGACUGUGAGCUCCGGGCAGUACAAGUCAGCUGUGGAUUUCACCAUUCAGCGGUUUUGAUGGAAAAUGGAGAUGUCUAUACAUUUGGAUAUGGGCAGCAUGGGCAGCUGGGCCAUGGAGAUGUCAAUUCCAGGGGCUGUCCCACUCUUGUUCAAGCCUUACCAGGUCCUAGCACACAAGUCACUGCCGGCAGCAACCACACGGCAGUGCUUUUAAUGGAUGGACAGGUCUUCACAUUUGGAAGUUUUUCUAAAGGACAGUUGGGCCGACCAAUUUUAGAUGUGCCAUACUGGAAUGCAAAGCCAGCUCCCAUGCCAAACAUUGGGUCAAAAUAUGGACGGAAAGCUACCUGGAUAGGUGCAAGCGGGGACCAGACUUUCCUACGAAUUGACGAAGCACUUAUUAAUUCUCAUGUUCUUGCUACAUCAGAGAUUUUUGCCAGCAAACACAUAAUAGGCUUGGUCCCAGCUUCUAUAUCAGAACCUCCUCCAUUUAAAUGUCUUCUAAUUAAUAAAGUGGAUGGGAGCUGUAAAACUUUCAAUGAUUCUGAGCAAGAGGAUCUACAAGGAUUUGGUGUAUGUCUUGAUCCUGUGUAUGAUGUAAUUUGGAGGUUUCGACCAAACACUAGAGAACUGUGGUGUUACAAUGCUGUGGUUGCUGAUGCUAGGCUCCCCUCUGCAUCAGACAUGGAGUCCAGAUGCAGCAUCCUCAGUCCUGAACUUGCCUUACCGACAGGAUCAAGGGCUCUCACCACCCGAUCUCAUGCAGCUUUGCAUAUUCUUGGUUGUCUUGAUACCUUGGCAGCUAUGCAGGAUUUGAAAAUGGGUGUAGCGAGUACAGAGGAGGAGACUCAAGCAGUAAUGAAAGUUUAUUCCAAAGAAGACUAUAGUGUAGUCAACAGGUUUGAAAGUCAUGGAGGGGGCUGGGGUUACUCUGCGCACUCAGUGGAAGCUAUUCGUUUUAGUGCAGACACUGAUAUUUUACUUGGAGGUCUUGGUCUCUUUGGAGGCAGAGGAGAAUAUACUGCUAAAAUUAAGUUGUUUGAGUUGGGUCCUGAUGGAGGAGAUCAUGAAACUGAUGGAGACCUCCUUGCAGAAACUGAUGUGUUGGCUUAUGACUGUGCUGCAAGAGAGAAAUAUGCAAUGAUGUUUGAUGAGCCAGUUCUCCUGCAAGCUGGAUGGUGGUAUGUGGCCUGGGCACGCGUGUCGGGACCGAGCAGUGACUGUGGAUCUCAUGGACAGGCAUCCAUUACCACAGAUGAUGGGGUGGUUUUCCAGUUUAAGAGUUCAAAGAAAUCAAAUAAUGGUACAGAUGUUAAUGCUGGUCAGAUACCACAGUUAUUAUACAGGCUUCCAACCAGUGAUGGCAGUGCUUCCAAAGGGAAACAGCAAACCAGUGAACCAGUACACAUUUUAAAGAAAUCUUUUGCAAGAACUGUCUCAGUGGAAUGUUUUGAGUCAUUGCUGAGUAUUCUUCACUGGAGCUGGACCACCUUAGUAUUAGGAGUUGAAGAGCUUAGAGGAUUGAAAGGGUUCCAGUUCACAGCGACACUUCUGGAUUUAGAGAGACUACGCUUCGUGGGUACCUGCUGUCUGAGGCUAUUGCGUGUCUAUACUUGUGAAAUUUAUCCAGUGUCAGCUACAGGAAAAGCAGUUGUUGAAGAAACUAGCAAAUUAGCAGAGUGUGUCGGAAAAACCCGAACUUUGUUAAGAAAAAUUUUAUCAGAAGGCGUUGAUCACUGCAUGGUGAAGCUGGAUAAUGACCCUCAAGGCUAUCUCAGUCAGCCCUUACGUCUCCUAGAGGCUGUCCUCCAGGAGUGUCACAAUACUUUCACUGCCUGUUUCCAUUCUUUCUACCCAACACCAGCCUUACAGUGGGCUUGUCUUUGUGAUCUGCUGAAUUGCUUGGAUCAGGAUAUCCAAGAGGCAAACUUCAAGACAUCAAGCAGCCGACUUCUUGCAGCUGUUAUGUCAGCUCUCGGUCAUACUUCUGUUAAGCUUACUUCUAUUUUCCCUAUUGCAUAUGAUGGAGAAGUACUUCUAAGAUCAAUUGUCAAACAAGUUAGCACAGAAAAUGACUCAACUCUAGUUCACCGUUUUCCCCUUUUGGUGGCACAUAUGGAAAAACUCAGUCAGAGUGAAGAGAACAUCUCAGGGAUGACCAGUUUCCGUGAAGUUCUGGAGAAAAUGUUGGUUAUUGUCGUGUUACCCGUCAGAAACAGCCUGAGAAGAGAAAAUGAGCUCUUCUCCUCCCACCUGGUCUAUAACACCUGCGGACUGCUUGCCAGUAUCGUCAGUGAACUCACAGCAUCAGCACUGGGAUCUGAGGUUGACGGACUUAAUUCCCUUCACUCUGUAAAAGCCAGUGCUAACCGAUUCACAAAAACAAGUCAGGGAAGAAGUUGGAACACUGGGAAUGGAUCUCCUGACGCAAUCUGUUUUUCAGUAGACAAACCUGGAAUAGUUGUAGUUGGUUUCUCUGUCUAUGGAGGAGGUGGAAUUCAUGAAUAUGAAUUAGAAGUAUUGGUUGAUGAUAGUGAGCAUGCAGGAGAUUCAACACAUUCUCACAGAUGGACUUCUCUGGAAUUAGUCAAAGGAACCUAUACAACAGAUGAUUCACCCAGUGAUAUAGCUGAAAUCAGACUUGACAAGGUUGUUCCUUUAAAGGAAAAUGUUAAAUACGCUGUACGCUUGAGGAACUAUGGAAGCCGUACAGCGAAUGGGGAUGGAGGAAUGACCACAGUUCAGUGCCCUGAUGGUGUCACAUUUACAUUCAGUACAUGCAGCUUGAGUAGUAAUGGCACAAACCAAACCAGAGGACAAAUUCCACAGAUACUGUACUAUAGGAGUGAAUUUGAUGGAGAUUUGCAAUCCCAACUCCUGAGUAAAGCCAACGAAGAAGAUAAAAAUUGUAGCAGAGCUCUCUCUGUGGUGAGCACUGUUGUUCGAGCUGCUAAAGACCUUCUGCACAGAGCUCUUGCUGUAGAUGCUGAUGACAUUCCAGAACUACUUAGCUCGUCCAGUCUGUUUUCCAUGCUGCUUCCUCUUAUUAUAGCCUACAUAGGACCAGUAGCUGCUGCUAUUCCUAGGGUGGCUGUCGAAGUCUUUGGCCUUGUUCAACAACUGCUGCCUUCCGUUGCCAUUUUGAAUCAGAAGUACGCACCCCCUGCUUUCAAUCCUAAUCAGUCCACAGACAGCACCACUGGAAACCAGCCCGAGCAGGGCCUCUCUGCCUGUACAACGUCUAACCACUAUGCUGUCAUAGAAAGUGAGCACCCGUACAAACCUGCAUGUGUUAUGCAUUACAAGGUAACAUUCCCAGAAUGUGUGAGGUGGAUGACAAUCGAGUUUGACCCGCAGUGUGGAACUGCUCAAUCAGAAGAUGUCCUCCGCUUGUUGAUUCCUGUCAGAACUCUUCAGAACUCAGUAUAUGGACCAAAAUUGUCAUCUGUUCAUGAAAAUCUUAAUUCAUGGAUAGAAUUAAAGAAAUUUUCAGGAUCUUCUGGAUGGCCUACUAUGGUUUUAGUGCUGCCAGGAAAUGAGGCCCUUUUUUCUCUGGAGACAGCCUCAGAUUAUGUGAAAGAUGACAAAGCUUCUUUUUAUGGUUUCAAGUGUUUUGCAAUUGGAUAUGAAUUUAGCCCUGGACCUGAUGAGGGAGUCAUUCAGUUGGAAAAAGAAUUAGCCAAUCUUGGGGGGGUUUGUGCUGCAGCUUUGAUGAAAAAGGACCUUGCACUUCCUGUUGGUAAUGAAUUUGAGGAAGAUCUUGAAAUUCUUGAAGAGGCUGCAUUACAGGUCUGCAAAACACAUUCUGGUAUUCUCGGAAAAGGUUUAGCUCUUUCCCAUUCACCAACUAUAUUAGAAGCCCUGGAAGGAAACUUACCACUUCAAAUCCAAAGCAAUGAACAGUCCUUUCUGGAUGAUUUUAUUGCUUGUGUGCCGGGAUCCAGUGGUGGAAGGCUUGCAAGGUGGCUUCAGCCAGAUUCCUAUGCUGAUCCACAGAAAACAUCUUUGAUCCUGAAUAAGGAUGAUAUUCGUUGUGGGUGGCCUACCACCAUAACUGUUCAAACAAAAGACCAGUAUGGAGAUGUGGUACAUGUGCCCAAUAUGAAGGUGGAAGUGAAAGCAGUCCCUGUUUCUCAGAAGAAAACAUCUUUACAACAAGAACAAGUCAAGAAAACGCAAAGGAUUCCUGGCAGUCCUGCAGUAACAGCUGCAUCUUCUAAUACGGACAUGACUUUUGGUGGACUGGCAUCUCCAAAGCUUGAUGUGUCAUAUGAACCAAUGAUAGUGAAGGAGGCCCGAUACAUUGCCAUAACAAUGAUGAAGGUUUAUGAAAAUUAUUCAUUUGAAGAACUGCGUUUUGCAUCACCAACUCCUAAGAGACCAAGUGAAAAUAUGCUGAUUCGUGUCAAUAAUGAUGGCACUUACUGUGCAAAUUGGACUCCAGGAGCAAUUGGACUCUACACUAUUCACGUUACCAUUGAUGGCAUUGAAAUAGAUGCUGGCCUAGAAGUAAAAGUAAAAGACCCACCAAAAGGCAUGAUACCACCUGGAACUCAGCUGGUCAAACCAAAGACUGAGCCUCAACCAAAUAAGGUUCGGAAAUUUGUGGCCAAGGACAGUGCAGGACUUCGUAUUCGUAGCCACCCUUCCCUCCAAAGUGAACAGAUAGGCAUUGUUAAAGUCAAUGGAACAAUCACUUUUAUUGAUGAGAUCCACAAUGAUGAUGGUGUAUGGCUGAGACUGAAUGAUGAAACAAUAAAGAAGUAUGUUCCUAACAUGAAUGGUUACACUGAAGCCUGGUGCCUCUCUUUUAAUCAACAUCUUGGCAAGAGCCUUCUGGUCCCUGUUGACGAGCCAAAAACAAAUACUGAUGACUUUUUCAAAGACGUAAAUUCCUGCAGCUCACAGGAAGCAACAAUGCAAGAGCAGGAUAUGUCGUUCUUACGAGGAGGGCCAGGCAUGUACAAGGUAGUGAAGACGGGACCUUCAGGUCACAACGUCAGAAGCUGCCCCAACCUUAGAGGUAUCCCCAUUGGAAUGUUAGUUCUGGGAAACAAAGUCAAAGCAGUGGGAGAGGUAACCAAUUCUGAAGGUACAUGGGUGCAGCUGGAUAAGAACAGCAUGGUAGAAUUCUGUGAGAGUGAUGAAGGAGAAGCAUGGUCCCUAGCUAGAGACAGAGGCGGCAACCAAUACCUCCGGCAUGAAGAUGAACAAGUUCUUCUGGAUCAGAAUUCUCAAACUCCUCCUCCAAGCCCUUUCUCAGUUCAAACUUUUAAUAAAGGAGCAAGUUGCAGUGCCCAAGGAUUUGAUUAUGGACUUGGGAAUAAUAAAGGUGACCGAGGAAAUGUCUCAACACCUUCCAGACCAGUCUGUACAUCAGGAAAAUCUGACGUGUCGUCUAAACACAACAGAUCCCUCAAAUCUGAUGGCCGUGUGAUCCGGACUACUACUGAUCAGAAGAAGCCACGGGGUACAGAAGGUUUAUCUGCUAGUGAAUCCCUCUUGUUAAAAUCCGAUGCUGCAAAAUUGAGGUCAGAUUCUCAUAGUAGGUCACUCUCCCCCAAUCAUAACACCUUGCAGACACUAAAAUCUGAUGGGAGGAUGUCUUCUGGCCUCAGAGCUGAAUCCCCAGGACCAGGUUCUCGGUCAUCGUCUCCUAAGCCAAAGACGGUCCCCGCCAAUAGAUCUAGCCCAUCUGGGGCCAGCUCGCCACGCGCCUCCUCCCCACAUGAUAAAAAUCUACCUCAAAAAAACACUGCUCCUGUAAAGACAAAACUUGAUCCUCCUCGGGAACGCUCCAAGUCAGACUCUUACACACUUGAUCCUGAUACCCUGCGCAAGAAGAAGGUGCCCCUGACAGAACCGUUAAGGGGACGAUCAACUUCACCCAAACCAAAAUCAAUACCAAAGGAUUCCAAAAGUUCCCCUGGAUCCGAAAAUAGAGCUCCUUCUCCACAUGUGGUACAAGAAAACCUUCACAGUGAGGUGGUAGAAGUCUGCACUUCGAGUACUUUAAAAACCAAUAGUCUAACAGAUAGUACCUGUGAUGAAAGCAGUGAAUUUAAGAGUGUGGAUGAAGGCUCAAAUAAAGUUCAUUUCAGCAUAGGAAAAGCUCCACUGAAAGACGAACAGGAAAUGAGAGCUUCCCCCAAAAUAAGUAGAAAAUGUGCUAAUAGGCACACCAGGCCAAAAAAGGAAAAAUCUAGCUUUCUUUUCAAAGGAGAUGGAGCCAAGCCUUCAGAGCCAGCCAAGCAAGCCAUGUCCCCUUCAGUGGCUGAGUGCGCCCGAGCAGUCUUCGCGUCUUUCCUUUGGCAUGAAGGCAUAGUGCAUGAUGCAAUGGCGUGUUCUUCUUUCCUGAAAUUUAAUCCUGAACUCUCCAAAGAGCAUGCUCCUAUAAGGAGCAGUUUAAAUAGCCAGCAGCCUACAGAAGAAAAGGAAACCAAGCUGAAAAAUAGACACUCAUUGGAAAUCUCAUCUGCUCUUAAUAUGUUUAAUAUUGCCCCUCAUGGACCAGAUAUAUCUAAAAUGGGUAGCAUCAACAAAAACAAAGUGUUGUCUAUGCUGAAGGAACCACCUCUACAUGAGAAGUGUGAAGAUGGGAAGACUGAAGCCACAUUUGAAAUGUCCAUGCAUCACACAGUGAAGUCUAAAUCCCCUCUUCCUUUAACUCUACAGCAUUUAGUGGCUUUUUGGGAAGACAUCUCUUUGGCUACUAUCAAAGCAGCUUCCCAGAAUAUGAUUUUCCCAAGUCCUGGUUCCUGUGCAGUUCUUAAAAAGAAAGAGUGUGAAAAAGAAAAUAAAAAGGCUAAAAAGGAAAAGAAGAAAAAAGAAAAGGCAGAAGUCAGGCCGAGGGGCAAUUUGUUUGGUGAGAUGGCCCAGCUGGCAGUCGGAGGACCAGAGAAAGACACCAUCUGUGAGCUGUGUGGUGAAUCACACCCGUACCCAGUGACCUACCACAUGAGACAAGCCCACCCAGGUUGUGGCCGGUAUGCUGGUGGACAAGGUUACAAUAGCAUUGGACAUUUUUGUGGCGGAUGGGCUGGCAACUGUGGUGAUGGUGGCAUAGGAGGAAGCACUUGGUAUCUGGUAUGUGAUCGCUGUAGAGAAAAAUACCUCCGUGAAAAGCAGGCUGCUGCGAGGGAGAAGGUCAAACAGUCUAGGAGGAAGCCAAUGCAAGUUAAGACGCCUCGUGCUUUGCCCACCAUGGAGGCUCACCAGGUGAUUAAAGCAAACGCACUCUUCCUGCUGUCCCUAAGCAGUGCAGCAGAGCCAAGCAUUCUGUGUUACCAUCCUGCAAAGCCAUUCCAGUCUCAGCUUCCCAGUGUGAAAGAGGGCGUCUCUGAGGAUCUCCCUGUUAAAAUGCCUUGUCUCUACCUGCAGACAUUAGCUAGGCAUCAUCAUGAAAAUUUUGUGGGCUACCAGGAUGACAACCUAUUCCAAGAUGAAAUGAGGUACCUCCGUUCAACAUCCGUUCCUGCCCCAUAUAUAUCAGUAACUCCUGAUGCAAGCCCUAAUGUAUUUGAAGAGCCGGAAAGCAAUAUGAAAUCUAUGCCUCCCAGCUUGGAAACCAGCCCCAUAACUGAUACUGACCUGGCAAAAAGAACUGUCUUCCAGAGAUCAUACUCAGUUGUCGCUUCUGAAUAUGACAAACAACACUCAAUUCUACCUGCACGAGUUAAGGCGAUUCCCAGAAGAAGAGUUAACAGUGGAGACACCGAAGUUGGUUCUUCUCUAUUGAGACAUCCAUCUCCUGAGCUUUCCCGACUAAUCUCAGCCCACAGCUCUCUUUCUAAAGGAGAACGAAAUUUCCAGUGGCCAGUUUUAGCUUUUGUUAUACAACAUCACGAUCUAGAAGGCCUUGAAAUAGCAAUGAAACAGGCCUUAAGGAAAUCUGCUUGUCGAGUUUUUGCUAUGGAGGCUUUCAACUGGCUUCUGUGCAAUGUCAUCCAGACAACUUCUCUCCAUGAUAUUCUGUGGCAUUUUGUGGCAUCACUGACGCCUGCUCCAGUGGAACCAGAGGAAGAGGAGGAUGAGGAGAAUAAAACAAACAAAGAAAAUACAGAACAAGAGAAAGAUACACGGGUAUGUGAGCAUCCACUCUCAGAUAUAGUGAUAGCCGGGGAGGCUGCACAUCCUUUACCUCACACGUUUCACCGCUUGCUACAAACAAUCUCUGAUCUCAUGAUGUCUCUACCCAGUGGCAGCUCAUUACAGCAAAUGGCCCUACGAUGCUGGAGUCUCAAAUUCAAGCAAUCUGAUCACCAGUUCCUCCAUCAAAGCAAUGUCUUUCAUCACAUUAACAACAUUUUAUCAAAAUCAGAUGAUGGAGACAGUGAAGAGAGUUUUAGCAUCAGUAUACAAUCUGGCUUUGAGGCUAUGAAUCAGGAAUUGUGUAUAGUCAUAUGCCUGAAAGACUUAACUAGUAUUGUUGACAUUAAAACAUCAAGCCGACCUGCAAUGAUUGGCAGCUUGACAGAUGGUUCCACAGAAACCUUUUGGGAAUCAGGAGAUGAGGAUAAAAACAAAACAAAGAAUAUCACCAUCAACUGUGUGAAAGGCAUCAAUGCCCGUUAUGUGUCUGUUCACGUGGACAAUUCCAGAGAUCUUGGAAAUAAGGUGACAUCAAUGACCUUUUUAACUGGCAAAGCAGUAGAAGAUUUGUGCAGAAUCAAACAGGUUGAUCUGGACUCCAGGCACAUUGGUUGGGUAACUAGUGAACUUCCUGGAGGGGACAAUCACAUCAUCAAAAUUGAAUUGAAGGGCCCAGAAAAUACACUGAGAGUGCGUCAGGUUAAAGUGCUGGGCUGGAAAGAUGGAGAAAGCACAAAAAUUGCUGGGCAGAUCUCAGCUAGUGUGGCCCAGCAGAGGAACUGCGAGGCCGAGACCCUCCGAGUGUUCAGACUUAUCACAUCCCAGGUGUUUGGAAAGCUCAUCUCUGGAGAUGCUGAGCCAACACCAGAACAAGAGGAGAAAGCACUGCUGUCCUCACCUGAAGGAGAGGAAAAAGUAUACAAUGCCACAUCAGAUGCUGACCUGAAAGAACACAUGGUUGGAAUAAUAUUCAGCAGAAGUAAACUGACUAACUUACAGAAACAGGUGUGUGCUCACAUCGUCCAGGCUAUUCGCAUGGAGGCCACCAGAGUUCGGGAAGAAUGGGAACAUGCCAUAUCAAGCAAAGAAAAUGCCAAUUCCCAGCCAAAUGAUGAAGAUGCCUCCUCAGACGCCUACUGCUUUGAACUGUUGUCUAUGGUUUUAGCUCUGAGUGGUUCUAACGUGGGGCGGCAGUAUCUGGCUCAGCAGCUCACUCUGCUCCAGGACCUGUUUUCCCUGCUGCACACAGCCUCUCCCAGAGUGCAGAGACAGGUAACUUCCUUGUUAAGACGAGUCUUACCUGAAGUGACUCCGAGUCGGUUGGCCAGCAUCAUAGGUGUGAAAUCCCUUCCCCCAGCAGAUAUCAGUGAUAUCAUUCAUUCCACAGAGAAAGGAGAUUGGAAUAAGUUGGGAAUCUUGGACAUGUUUCUGGGCUGUAUUGCCAAAGCACUUACUGUACAGCUAAAAGCCAAAGGAACCACCAUCACAGGAACAGCUGGGACCACUGUGGGCAAAGGAGUUACCACAGUCACCCUUCCAAUGAUUUUCAAUUCAAGUUACAUUCGACGAGGGGAAAGCCAUUGGUGGAUGAAGGGUUCAACUCCUACCCAGAUCUCAGAGAUCAUCAUUAAACUUAUAAAGGAUAUGGCAGCAGGUCAUCUUUCGGAAGCGUGGUCCCGAGUAACAAAAAAUGCCAUUGCAGAAACGAUCAUUGCAUUGACCAAGAUGGAAGAAGAAUUUAGGUCUCCAGUGAGGUGUAUUGCAACAACUAGGCUUUGGCUUGCUCUAGCAUCACUGUGUGUUCUUGAUCAAGACCAUGUGGAUCGUCUCUCCUCAGGGAGGUGGAUGGGAAAAGAUGGGCAGCAAAAACAGAUGCCUAUGUGUGACAACCAUGAUGAUGGUGAAACUGCAGCCAUCAUUCUGUGCAACGUUUGUGGGAAUCUGUGUACUGACUGUGACAGAUUUCUUCACCUUCAUCGUCGAACCAAAACUCAUCAAAGACAGGUAUUCAAAGAAGAAGAAGAAGCUAUAAAAGUUGACCUUCAUGAAGGUUGUGGUAGAACCAAAUUGUUCUGGUUGAUGGCACUGGCAGAUUCGAAAACCAUGAAGGCAAUGGUAGAAUUCCGAGAGCACACAGGUAAACCGACCACAAGCAGCUCAGAAGCAUGCCGUUUCUGCGGCUCUCGGAGUGGGACAGAGUUGUCUGCUGUGGGCAGUGUGUGUUCUGAUGCAGAUUGCCAGGAAUAUGCUAAAAUAGCCUGCAGUAAGACACAUCCGUGUGGGCAUCCGUGUGGAGGGGUUAAGAACGAAGAGCAUUGUUUGCCCUGUCUCCAUGGCUGUGAUAAAAAUGCGACAACACUGAAGCAAGAUGCUGAUGACAUGUGCAUGAUAUGUUUCACUGAAGCGCUCUCGGCAGCACCAGCCAUUCAGCUGGACUGUAGUCAUGUAUUCCACUUACAGUGCUGUCGUCGAGUUUUAGAAAACAGAUGGCUUGGUCCAAGGAUAACAUUUGGAUUUAUAUCUUGUCCCAUUUGCAAGAACAAAAUAAAUCAUAUAGUAUUAAAAGACCUGCUGGAUCCCAUUAAAGAACUCUAUGAGGACGUCAGAAGAAAGGCCCUAAUGAGGUUGGAAUAUGAAGGUCUACAUAAAAGUGAAGCAAUCACAACUCCUGGUGUGAGGUUUUAUAACGACCCAGCUGGCUAUGCUCUGAAUAGAUAUGCAUAUUAUGUCUGCUACAAGUGUAGAAAGGCAUAUUUUGGUGGUGAAGCUCGCUGUGACGCGGAGGCUGGACAAGGUGAUGACUAUGACCCCAGAGAGCUCAUUUGUGGUGCCUGUUCUGAUGUGUCCAGGGCUCAGAUGUGUCCCAAGCAUGGCACAGACUUUUUGGAAUAUAAAUGUCGCUAUUGCUGCUCAGUGGCUGUCUUUUUCUGUUUUGGAACAACACAUUUUUGUAAUGCUUGUCAUGAUGAUUUUCAGAGAAUGACUAGCAUUCCUAAGGAAGAACUGCCACAUUGUCCUGCAGGUCCCAAAGGCAAACAGCUGGAAGGAAGCGAGUGUCCGCUCCACGUUGUGCAUCCGCCUACUGGGGAAGAAUUUGCUCUGGGUUGCGGUGUGUGCAGAAAUGCUCACACUUUUUAGAACACUCAGAUUCCUGUGUCUACAGAGCAAACAGUUGCCUUCAUCCCCAAAGAGGAUGUGGUGAAGUUUAAACUCUGCUCAGGAUAAGGACGGGACCAUUUUUACAUCAAUGAAAAUGAACCAUUUACAAUGCAAAAAGGAUGCCAAAUACCAUGUACAUAAUUCUUGCUGUGGAAACUUUCUCCAUUUUUUUGGUUUAUCUUCUUUUUAAACCAAGACAUCAGAAUUGUGAGGUGUUUGCAUGUGGCCAUUACUGUCAUUGGCUGUGAAGCAUUGGACAUUCAUAGAUAAUUGAUAUACAAAAAUCACCACACCCAUGGACUAAGAAUAAUGCUUUAAAGCAAAAAAUAAAAAAGAAAAAGAAAAAUAAUCAUUGUUUAUUGUAUACUGCCUUUUUGUAACCCUGUACAAUUGCAUCACAGGUGGGGAUAAAAAGAGGAACAUUCUGGUUUAUUUCCUAGACUGUUAUUUAAAAAAAAAAAUUGUGUAAGGCGGCAUAUAAAUGUAAUAAGUAUCACACUGUAUAUAAAGAUAUCAAUGUUUGUCCUGUAUAAGAAUUACUAAAUUACAAAUGCAAUUUCAUUUAAACUUCUAGGUUAAGUUUGAGCCUGAAAUUUUAAUGAAGUGCAAUACUGAGUGUGCCUCAUUAUCUUGCAACUGUAAACAUAUUGGAAUGUACAUGUCAAUAAAAGCCACUGUACAUUUUUAUACAGUGAUAAAGU